AAUCGUUUAUCGAACGCGAGCGCGAUUCGGGCAUUCGUAAACAAUCGUUCGGUCGAGGUGGAUGCUUUCUUUCGGUCCUUGUCGCGUUCCGCCGGAAGUCUAUUUGCAUUUUUGCUAUUCACUGCACAUUCCAGGACGUUUCUUUCGUGACUUCGUGACCCGGAAACGGUCCAUGAUUUAACAACAGUUCUGGCUAUUAUUAGUUUAGUGCUGAAGUGAGUGGCGUCUUCUGGUAAACUGCAUAAUCAGCGAGGUUAUUACCUAUUGGAGUGCAAAAAUGCCCGCCUGGAAUCAAAUUCAAACGCAGCUUCGGCACCCUAACAAUCCGGUUGUGUUCAUGGAUAUUACAGUCGGAACAUCGGAAAUUGGUCGAAUGGUGUUCGAGCUGUUCGCAGAUGUUGUACCGAAGACUUGUGAAAACUUUCGUCAGUUUUGCACCGGCGAGUACAAAAAGGAUGGUGUCCCGAUUGGCUACAAGGGUGCCACCUUCCAUCGGGUCAUAAAGGAUUUUAUGAUUCAAGGGGGGGAUUUUGUUAACGGAGAUGGAACCGGUGUAACGAGCAUUUAUGGCAAUGGAACCUUCCCAGACGAGGGCUUCCUGUUGAAACACGAAGCUCCGGGACUACUUUCGAUGGCCAACAGUGGGAAGGACACUAAUGGGUGUCAGUUUUUUAUUACCUGUGCAAAGUGCAACUUUCUCGACUAUAAACAUGUGGUGUUCGGACGCGUCCUAGAUGGUUUACUAAUAAUGCGAAAGAUUGAAAAUGUCCCCACGGGACCGAAUAACAAACCAAAACUUCCGGUAGUAAUUUCGCAGUGUGGGCAGAUGUAAGUUACAAUAUUGUUGAUCGCAUGUGUGAAGAAGAAACAACCAGAUAAGACCCAUCGAACACAAGUGUAGUGUUAGAAACUUUAGCCUGUAUGACUUAUGUUAAGCUCCUGGCAAACACACAUAAAGUAGCUGUUGAAUGAACCAGCAAAACCUAUCAGCAUAGAACACGAGUUCAAAAGUGACCAUCAUGGUGGCAAUGGCACAUUAAAAAAUACCGAACCAGGUACCUACACAAUGAUUACAAGCAACCAACAUGAGACCGUAA